AAAAGCUAAAAAUAAAUAUUUCGGAGGCCAUCUUCAUGUGCUGGAGCGAAACGAGCGAAACGUGAAGCCCUCCCUCAUACGUUCCGUGUUGUUGAUUAAGACACAUGUGCAGCAGUUGGGUAUUUUUAUUGUUGAAACGUUUCGGCUACACAGUAGACUUCUUCAGUCAGAUACAGAGGCAACAGGUGUUGUAGUGAAGCCAAGAUAUUGUAAUCAGUCCCUCAACCUUGGAAACUAUAGUAUUUGAGGUGGUCAGUCCCUCAAAUACUUCUGCUCUGCCUCUGUAUAUGACUGAAGAAACCUACAACCGUUGUAAAAGGUGUCUCCAGCAGGUACAACCAUUGUAGCAGGUGUCUCCAGCAGGUACAACCAUUGUAGCAGGUGUCUCCAGCAGGUACAACCAUUGUAGCAGGUGUCUCCAGCAGGUACAACCAUUGUAGCAGGUGUCUCCAGCAGUUACAACCAUUGUAAUAUGUGUCUCCAGCAGGUACGACCAUUGCAACAGGUGUCUUCAACAGGUACAACCAUUGUAAUAUGUGUCUCCAGCAGGUACGACAUUGCAACAGGUGUCUUCAACAGGUAAAACCAUUGUAGCAUGUGUGUCGAGCAGGUACAACCACUGUAACGUGUUUCUCCAGCAGGUACGACCAUCGCAGUGAAGGCAGCAGUGACAACACUGACAACAAUGUGGUCCUGGAGUGUUCACGAAUGCUCUUCACUUGGCUGUUGAUUAUGGUUCUGCUGAGUGGUACGGCUGCUCCUGCGCUACGGUGUGGAACCUAACCGUGGGGGGAUGAUUAGUGGGGGUGGUGGGUGUGGGGUACCCGUGGGGGGAGGAUGUGGGGGGUCCAUUAUAGCUGGGUGCCCAGGUACUGUCCAGAGUACCAGAGCAAGACUUUCCCCUCGUGCGUCACCCACUAGUGUGCUCAGUGUGGAUAGAAGGAGCCUCAAUACUGCUCACAGCUCAUUUAUGGGUUCACCCUCACCCCGAUGCUCCCCAAGAGCUUCUCCGUGGUGUUCUCCCAGAGCAUCUCCCCGGGCUUCCCCAAGAGGUUCUCCUAGGUGUUCGCCUCGUUCAGGGUCUCCGCGAUCUUUCUGUUCCCGCUCGUCAUCUCCUCUGGCAGGAGGUGACCGUGGGAGUCCCAGGGCACCCUCUCCCAGAGCCUCAUCUCCCUUGUACUUCGUACCCCCACCCAUACCCUACUCUGAACCCGAGGUGCGGCUGCGACCCCAAACCUUCCAGCGACACCAAAUGAUACAGCUUCAACAGACUGUGAUGGCCGGGGACCCCAUGCGGCAGGAGGAGAGGGUCAAAGGUCGCAUGGCAUCGCGUGUCCCAGAGGGGCCCAGGUCAUCGGGCAGUGGCAGUGGUAGUAGUGGCAUCGUCAGUGCUGGUCAUGGCGGUGCUACUGCCGGCAGUGGAGCCACUGACGACGCUGCCUUCUGGCCCUCUGGAAGUGUUCCUUCUCCUUUUACACCCACUAAUUUUCUGAGAGACAACAGGUUAGAUUAUAACGUAGAUGUUAGAACAGAUGCCAGAGUAGAUACUAAGAAACAGUUAGUUACUGCCAAAUCUUCGAAAAAUGGGUCCAAUGUGAGUGAAGAUAAAUCUAGAGUAGUGUUAGCUGGCGAAGCCAGGAACGAUGCUACAGGCACUGCUCCAGGCAGCAUGGAGAAGAACAGAGAGAAGACCAGGUCUCCCGGAGGCAUUGAGGGCAGGAGCAUCAUUAAAGAUGACUCCAGAAGGGACAUUCUGAGGGAGCAAAGAGACAAAGAGAGAAAAUGA